AUGGCAGAGAACAAUGCGCCGGCCGCGGGCGCCAACGGCGACGUGCCUGCUGGCGUCCCGUUUUACGAGAAGUCGCGACAACACCUCAAGGAGCUGCUCGCGAGGAAGCGGAUGUUAGAGCGGACUCUGGCCGCGCACGAAGAGGCCAUCUUCCAGAAGGAGACCGACUACCUGGAGAACACGCCGUCGGGCAACAUCAUCACGGGGUUCGACGCGUACACAAAGGGCACGACUGCCGCGGCGGCGCAGAGGAGGCGAGCUGGCCUGACGGAGCAGAACCGCGUCUUCAGCCGCAGCUCGGUGUCGUACGGCGCGAAUGGCGGCGGCGACGGUGCGGCGACGCCUGGCUCGACGCCUGCUAGUCACGCGCCGACGCCGGUGAGCACGAGCUUCGGCAACCUCAAGGACAAGGACAAGGACCACAGCGGCAGCGGGACGCCGACGAGCGCCACGGCGGGCGGGACGAAGGGCGGCGGCGGAGGUGGCAGUAAGAAAGAUAAAGCGAGCAAGAAGAGUGCUGCGAACGCGCCGGUUGGCGAGGACAGCGAGACGGAUGCCAAGGAGACGAAGAAGGUUAGGACGAACUUUGGCGCUGUGAGGAAAUGA